AUGGCGAUGGGAACAUUUUUGUGUGUUUUGCUGCUUUGUCUGCUGAUUCUCCUCUUCCUGAGACAACUCUGGUCCCAAAGACAUUUGCCUCCUGGUCCUUUGGCUCUACCUCUCGUUGGGACCUUGUGGGCUUACGGGAUUUCGUUUCGUGAAGAUUAUUUUCGUAAGCCUGUAAAACGAUAUGGAAAUAUAUACAGCAUGUGGGUUGGACCUGACCUUAUAGUAGUGCUGUCUGGAUUCAAAACUGUAAAAGAAGUAAUGACCAGCUUCCCAAAGGAAUUUUCUGAUAGACCAGAUAAUGCUUUCAUCACCGCUUUGGGGAAAAAAAAGGGAAUUCUUCUUUCCAGUGGCCACACCUGGAAACAGCAGAGACACAUCGGCAUCACUUCUCUGCGGAAGCUGGGCCUGGGGAAGAAAAGCAUUGAGCACCAGAUAGAAGAUGCAGCUCAGACGUUGGUGGAAACAUUUAAAAAAACAAAAGGACAGCCAUUUGACCCUUCAAUUCCAGUAAUAAAUGCAGUUAUUAAUAUCAUAUGUACUUUGAGUUUUGGACAUCAGUUUGUUCCUGAAGAUGAAAACGUCCAGAAGCUAAUUAAAAAAUUAGAAAUUAUUAUGAAAUUCAGUGGUAGCUUUUUUUAUGUGAUUUUUAUUAUGUUCCCACGAUUAAUGAACUAUCUCCCAGGCCCUCACCAGGAUGCUUUGGCUUCAAUAGAGGUGAUCAAUUCCUUUGCAAAGCAGGAAAUAGAGAAACACAAGGAAUCCAGCUGUCUGCAUGAGCCACAAGAUUUCAUUGAUCACUAUCUUCUUCAGAUAGAGAAGAGCAGGUAUGACACCAACUCUACCUACAAUGAAGAGAACCUGGCUCAGUGUAUUUUUGAUUUUUUUGGUGCUGGGACAGAGACAACCUUGGUUACUCUGAAGUGGGCACUGCUCCUCUUGACCAAUCAUCCUGACAUCCAAGAGAAAGUCCAGAAGGAGAUUGAAGAUGCCUUUAGUUCCUCGGUCUCAAUUUCCUAUCAGGAUCGGAAGAAGCUGCCCUACACCAAUGCCGUGAUUCAUGAAAUGCAGCGUUUUAAAAGUGUCUUCCUAGUUGGGGGACCCAGGCAAACUACAAAGGAUGUGACGGUGAAGGGUUACCACAUUCCAAAGAAGACCAUGAUUUUGCCAGACCUGCGUUCUGUUCUUCUUGACCCUGAACAAUGGGAGACACCUGAAGAAUUCAACCCAAAUCACUUUUUAGAUAAGGAUGGGAAGUUCAUUGAACGAGAAGAGUUUCUGCUCUUCGGAAUAGGUCAGCGUGCAUGUGUGGGAGAACAGCUGGCAAGAAUUGAGAGCUUCAUCUUUCUGACCAAUCUGUUGAGGGCCUUCAGCUUCCGGUUGCCUGAAGGAGUGAAAGAACUCAAUGAAGCCCCUAUUCUGAAUGUGAUAAUGCAUCCACACCCUUACAAGCUGUGUGCUAUUCCCACAAAGGCUUAA